AUGGCAUCUGUGUAUGACAGUUUGAUUGGAGGAUGUGUGGUCUAUGCGCUAGUCAGCUCCAGGAAAGGAGGUCUGGCUUCUCUGCCUGUAAGUCACAGUAAAGAAGGCAUGUCCACCAAAACCUAUGUACCAGUUAAGGAGGUGUGGCCAUUUCUAGCAGACCCCAAGCCGGAGAAGAAACAAUGGCUCAAGUUCAUGUGGUCCCAGUUCUUUGGACCAGCCCACCAGUGGGUGCGGCUCCUAGUGGCCAAGGGAGCCAGGGCACUUGGGACUUGUGCAGUGUUUAGUACCUACCAGAAGUGGUCCAGGAAAGGACAACUGGUGAACCAGCAACCAGGUCAUGGGUGCACAAGGCUCAUUGAUGGCUUUGAUGCUAGCACACCUCCCACAGAAGAGCUACUCCUUCCAGCUCACACAGCUCAUUCUUUUGGCUUUUCUAAAACAAACCCCUUUCUUGCUGCAGCAUGUGAGUUUGAGAUGAGUGGACCUGAAGGCAUCAUUGAAUCACAACAGAUUGUCAGAGAUGGUAAAGCUUUACAGACAGAAGCUGUGGACUGCAAGUGGUUCAUCCGAGCUCCUCCUCACUCUAAGAUCUACCUGCGAUUCCUGGACUAUGAGAUGCAGAACUCAAAUGAGUGCAAGCGAAACUUCGUGGCUGUGUACGAUGGCAGCGGCUCUGUUGAGGAUCUGAAGUGUAAAUUUUGCAGCACGGUGGCUAGUGACGUGACAUUGAGAACCGCGCUGGGUGUUGUUCGUAUGUGGGCCGAUGAGCACAGUCGCCGCAGCCGCUUCCGCAUCCUCUACACUACGUUUAAAGAGCCUCCCUGCGAGCCUGACAUGUUCUUCUGUCACAGUAACAUGUGCAUCAACAACUCACUGGUGUGUAAUGGCAUCCAGAAUUGUGUGUAUCCAUGGGACGAAAAUCAUUGCAAAGAGAAAAGAAAAGCGAACAUCCUGGACAACCUGAAUAACACUAACAGCAGCAUCAUUGGUGUGACAUGCUGCAUCGUCCUCAUUCUCCUCGUCAUCUCCGUCACAGUGCAGAUCAAACAGCCACGGAAGAAGUACGUAGUGCAGCGUGACAACUUUCAGGAAGUGUUCCAAGAAACGCCUCGGCGCUAUGACCUUGGUGACAUUGCAGAGCUUACAGACGAUGUUGAGACGACCUUCCAGAAGCGGUGUGUUCAUGAGCACCACUGUGGCCGCGCCAAAACGGCGGCCGUGAUGGAUCCGCAUAAUCACCACCAUCAUUAUCAUCAUCAUCAUCAUCACGAUAACCGGCGCAGCAUCGUGGUCAUGAAGCACAGCUACUCGCAAGAAGACGCAGAGAUGGAGGAUGAGCUGGAUGAGGAGGUGCCAACGACCAGCCAUCGACUGGCCAGACACGACAAAGCAGUGCAGCGGUUCUGCCUCAUUGGGUCUCUAAGCAAACACGAAUCAGAGUACAACACGACUAGGGUGUAGGAGACGAUCAGGAGGUAAGAGCCCCUAAAAAGCAUGAUAUGGAUCAUUUCUUUAAUAUAUUAUGCAGUCAUUGUGAGUCAGUGCUUUUGUUUUUCCCACUUGGAUGUUGCAUCAUCUUGCUUGCUGGUUAAUUUCUGUGAUUUUUUUUUUUUUUUUUUUCAUUUUCAUUGUUACUUCUUUAAGUUUACACUUGCAUCUGAUGAUUUGCUUAUAUGCAUGGACUGUAUAAGUUUCAGUGCUGUAUUGACUGAGCAAGAUUCAGCCACAGAUGCUAAAGCACUUCCUUAUGCUGGUGAAACCUAGGAUAAAUGUACAGUGCUGUGAAAAAGUAUCUGCUCCAUCCUGAUUUCUUCUGUUUUUGUGCAUAUCUCAUAUUAAGUAGUUCUAGAUCUUCAAAUGAAAUACAACAUGAAACAAAGGCAACCUGAGUAAACACACAAUAGUUUUUUUUUUCUUUAUUGAAGCAAAAAAAAUAUCCAACACCUAUCACCAUUGUGAAAAACUAAUUGCCCCCUUAAACUUAAAAUCUGGUUGUGCCACCUUUAGCAGCAAUAACUGCAACCAAAUGUUUCGGAGAUCAGACUUUCACUUACUUCUAGGACUAGAACCUACUCCUAUGCUUUGGAUCAUUGUCUUGCUACAUAAUCCAGUUCAUUUUGACUCAUCAAUCCACAGAACAUUCUCCUAAAAGGUUUGAGGAUCAUCAAGGUGUGUUUUGGCAAAAUUCAGAUAAGUCUUAAUGUUCUUCUGGGUUAGUGGUUUUCACUUCGCCACUCUUCCAUGGAUGCCAUUUUUGUCCAGUGUCUCUCUGAUAGUGGAGUCAUGAACAGUGACUUGUAUUGAUGCAAGAGAGGCCUGUAGGUCCUUUGAUGUUGUCCUUGGGUCUAUUGGGACUUCCUGGAAGAGUAGUUGUUGUACUCUUGGAGGAAUUUUGGAAGGUUGGACACC